AAGAUUGGACCAGUAAAGAGUUCAGGCAGAGGGAAGUCCUUGGCACACGAAGGGUUUUUCUGUAUGGUGGGCGUGCUGUGGGUGGAGUAGGGGCUGCUGUGGAGUAGUUUUAGAGCAGCCAGGAUGCUGAGACCCCUCAUCUACAGCACGUGGAGGGACAGAGGAGCAGUGAUCCCUGUCUGUGAGAAGAAAUUCCAUGUGGGAAAGUGUCAGACCCAGGGGAUGGCAGUUGCAGUAGCAGCAGCAGUCUGACUAUGCAAUCAGUGCAACAGUUUACUUCUGUGCCGCCUGAGCAGCCCUACCGGCCAGUCAUCUGCACUAACAGGGUCUUUGGAGCAGAUGAAGAUAACAUGGGGGAUGGUUGCUCUCAGAAGCUGGCAUCUGCCAAAUACUUACGAAUUUUGCUGCUUAUUCUCAUUCCGUGUGUUUGUGCGCUUAUACUCUUGUUAGUGGUUCUGCUUACAUUUGUAGGUGUAAUAGACAAAAAUUGUUUCUACUUUAAUAAAAGUGACAUAUUGACACACAACGUUGGAGCAGGAUCUCCGCACAUUCCUAUUGUUGGGAUGGGGGACAACACUUCAGAUGGGACACUACAAAAAGACUUGGAUAUGCUGCCUACAUUAAGGAAUAUUCCUGCAACUCAGUUUGACCAAAGUUAUAUGAACUUAAGUGGAAAUACUUUACAGAACUACCCACUCACCCCUUUUACUCAAAGCACACUAACACAACACAGUGAUAAUUCCUUACUGACCAAAGAAAGGGAACACGAGGAAACCCUACUGGAAAAAAGGACUACAAAUGUCACUUCUGGGGACUUGAAUGAGGAAUCUGUCUCUUCAUCAGUGAAAACAGCUGGACCAGGGAAGCACGGGUUUGCAUUUAAAGAAGGUGCCUGUAUAAACAUUACGCACAACCAAUGCCAAAAUCUACCCUACAAUUACACUGUUCCCAAAUCCGUGUAUUCAUUUGUUAAGAGCAUAGAGAUGGAAAUGUUCCUCAAGUUCUUCAGCUAUCUCAAUCGUCUCAGCUGCUAUCCACACAUUAUGCUUUUCGGUUGCAGCCUGGCCCUUCCAGAAUGCUACAACCACGGCGAUGAGAGCUACCCCUUACUGCCAUGCAGAUCGUUUUGUGAGGCAGCGCAAGAAGGCUGUGAGCCAGUGCUGGAGAUGGUCAACUCUUCGUGGCCGGAGUUCCUAAGGUGCUCCCAGUUUCAGAAUAAAACAGACAACAGCAACACCAGCCGUGUAUGCUUCUCUCCAUUGCAAGAGAAAGGAAGGCAAUCACUGUGCGGAGAACAUGACAGCUUCUUGUGUGCCAAUGGAGUGUGCAUACAGAACAAACUAAUGUGCAAUGGAUACAAUGACUGUGAUGACUGGAGCGACGAGGUUUAUUGCAAUUGCAGUGAACAUUUAUUCCGCUGUAACACUGGGAAAUGUCUGAAUCACAGCUUUGUUUGUGAUGGAUACGAUGACUGUGGAGAUCUGAGCGACGAACAGAAUUGCGGUUGCAACCCUUUAGAAAGUUAUCGGUGUGGAGACGGGCGAUGCAUAACAUUAAGUUGGGUCUGUGAUGGAGACCAUGACUGUGCUGACAAGUCAGAUGAAGUCAACUGCUCUUGUCACAGCCAAGGACUGACAGAGUGCAAGAACGGACAGUGUAUUCCCAGUGCCUUUCGAUGUGAUGGGGACAAUGACUGCAAAGAUGGAAGCGAUGAAGAAAACUGCCCUGAAAUAAAGGGUCAGCCAUGCCAUGAUGAGGAUCCAAGAUGUGUCUAUCCAGCCUGCUCUGGGACAUGUAUUAAUGAUCCCAACUGUGGAAUAACUCAAAACAAGACCAAUUGCAGUCAGUGUGAAGCGAUCACUUUGGAACUAUGCAUAAACCUGCCUUAUAACUACACAACUUUCCCAAAUUACCUCGGUCAUAGGACUCAGAAAGAAGCCUCGAUUAGCUGGGAAUCCUCGCUAUUUCCAGCCCUUGUCCAGACGAAUUGCUACAAAUAUCUCAUGUAUUUUGCAUGCACCAUUCUGGUACCAAAGUGUGAGCCGGAGACACAUCAGCGCAUACCACCUUGCAGAUCACUUUGUGAACAUUCAAAAGAGCGAUGUGAAUCUGUACUGGGCAUUGUGGGAUUACAGUGGCCUGAAGACACAGACUGUACUCAGUUCCCAGAUGAAAAAUCAGAUAAUCAGACCUGCCUUAUGCCUGAUGAAGAUGUAGAAGAGUGUUCGCCCAGUCACUACAAAUGUCGUUCUGGGCGCUGCAUUCUAGCCUCCAGAAGGUGUGACGGGGAAGCAGACUGUGAAGAUGACAGCGAUGAAGAAAACUGUGAAUGUGCAGAGAGAGGCCUCUGGGAAUGUCCAAUAAACAAAUUGUGCAUUAAACAUUCCAUGAUCUGUGAUGGAUUUCCUGAUUGUCCAGAAGAACUCGAGGAAAAGAACUGCUCUGCAUGCACAUCUGAAGAACUUGAAUGCGGUAAUCAUGAAUGUGUAUCUCGUGAUCGAUGGUGUGAUGGUCUCAUAGACUGCACAGACAGCUCGGAUGAAUGGAAUUGUGUUACCUUGUCUAAAAAUACGAGCUCUUUGACUUUACUGACCAUUCACAGGUCAGCAUCUGACUAUCACGUAUGUGCAGAUAAUUGGGAGGAAGAGUUGACACAAUGGGUCUGCAAUCAAAUGGGUUUAGGAGGUCCAUCUAUAACAGCUGAAGCAACAGAACUUGACUACUUAGAACACAAUGAAUGGCUGCAUCUGAAGGAAGACUGGAAACAACAAAACGGGUCUACAUUUCAUGAGCUGCUAAUAAAAGGCCAACCAUGUGAAAGCAGACGGAAAGUUUCUCUUCUUUGUACCAAGGAAGAUUGUGGGCGUCGCCCUGCAGCGAGAAUGAGUAAACGGAUACUGGGCGGAAGGACCAGCAGGCCUGGACGCUGGCCGUGGCAAUGCUCUCUACAGAGUGAUCCAAGUGGCCAUAUAUGUGGCUGUGUACUGAUUGGAAAAAAAUGGGUGCUUACCGUGGCACACUGCUUUGAGGGGAGAGAAAGUGCCGCCGUGUGGAAGGUUGUAUUUGGAAUAAACAACUUGGAUCACCCAUCAGAUUUUGUGCAGACCCGUCUGGUGAAGAAAAUAAUCCUCCACCCACGCUACAACCGAGCUGUAGUAGACUAUGACAUUAGCAUUGUAGAAUUAAAUGAGGAGAUUACAGAGACCAGUUAUGUACGGCCCGUGUGCUUACCGACUAAGGGACAGUUGGUUGAACCGGAUACAUAUUGUUACAUCACAGGUUGGGGCCACAUGGGUAACAAAAUGCCUUUUAAGUUGCAAGAAGGGGAAGUUCGGAUUAUUUCCUUGGAACGCUGUCAAUCCUAUUUUGAUAUGAAGACAAUAACAUCCAGGAUGCUGUGUGCUGGCUACGAGUCUGGAACAAUAGAUUCCUGCAUGGGUGACAGUGGGGGGCCCCUUGUUUGUGAACAGCCUGGAGGAAAAUGGACACUGUAUGGUCUCACAUCUUGGGGAUCUGUAUGUUUUUCCAAGGUUUUAGGACCCGGAGUCUACAGCAAUGUGUCUCAUUUUAUUGAGUGGAUUGAAAGACAAAUAUACAUUCACAGUUUUCUAACCAGCUAAAGACACGGCUGUAUCAGAAUAUCGCCUUAGCCUCAUGUGAGGUUUCAUGUGUGGACAUCUCUUUUGUGAAUAGCAACGAGAAUGAUAUAUUUUUGUCCUUGGUAUUCUGUAUUUCUGUCUGAAAUAUUAGGCAUUUUGUAUAUAAUUGUUCACUUGGAAUUAUAUCUGUGUGUAUUCCAUUCCUAAAUUCAUCACACAGAAAACUUUAUUUUCUAUUGUUCUGUUGGAAGGGACUGUGUCAUAGUGAAGACAUUAUAUAAAUAUAUAUAUAGAAGGCAGCAGCAAAGCCAGUGUCAAGAUAUUUAAGGGAUAUUAAGGGGGAGAUUUACUAAAACUCAAUGCAAUUUUCACGCUUGCAUUGGAAUAAAAAUGGCAAUUUCUUUCACAAAUGCAAAGUCUAGUUUGAGAUAAAACGUAUUUGUGUGCGUCAGCUUUCCUGCAAUUUACUAAAGCAAUGUGCCAUUACUGUAUUUUUUGUUUUUAAAUUCUAAUGAAAAAUU